UAUAUAUACACAUUGAAAUCUCUUCUCACAACCACAAUCACUCUCCACCGUACACCUUAUCUCUCUAUUUCCGCCAUUGAAAGCCACAAGCUUUUUUUUUUUUUUGGGUCUGAUCAAUUAUAUUUAUUUUUUAUUUGUUUAAGCUUGAUUUCCUGUUUAAUAGCAGGCCAGGAAGUGCAUAAGAAUAAUUCUUUUUGGGGGUGAGAAUCUUUAAAAUCUUGAAAAUCAAGGGAGUGAAGUGGAUUAAAACAGGGCCUACGAAAUUCUGAAGAAGACGCUCUCUCCUCACCGUUGCUAUCCUCUUUCGACUCUUUGAACACGCGUUUUUCCCCCUUUCUCAUAAUUUAUCUAGAGCCCUUUUUCCUCUUCAUCAAUUUUUUUUCUUCCCUUUCUCGGGAUAGUUUUGUGAAUCUCUAGGGUUCCAUCUUUUUUCUCUUCUUUUUUAUAAUUACCUGUAAACCCUCGAUUCUUUAAGGUCGAGGGGGGGUUUAUUCAUUUCUGGGUGGGUUGUUCUUGAAGUUUGUUGUAAACACAAUGGUUUUGGUAUCGGCUUUGUUGGGUAUUUUGCAAAAACCCACAAUAGGGGAUGUAAUAAUUGAGAUGAUGCUGUUUAUGGCACCUAUUUGGAUUGCGAUUGUUGUUGGGGUGCUGGUGGGUUGGUCAUGGAGGCCCAGUUGGGCUAAUACGAGUGGCGUUAAAGAUUGCUUUGACUCUACCCUCUUGUCUUCUUCAAAGACAUUUUCUUCCCGGAUUAGCUUGCAAAACGUGUUGACUGGUUUAACUUCCAUGAAAUCGCAAUUGCCCAGCUGCGUUUCUUGGAAUUCUGAGGCGGAAACUUCAGCUCCGAUUCCUCACCAGUGUUCAUUGCAGCCAAAAAGUGAAAAAUCGGUUCUUGUUGAUGAUAAUGACCUUCAUCAGUUAUCCCAACUAGUAGAAGAGAACGAUGGAGGCCCUGCUUGGAUUCAAAUGAUGGAUCGGUCAACACCUAACAUGACUUAUCAAGCUUGGCGCCGAGACCUUCAGAGUGGACUUCCCCAGUAUCGCAGUAGAAGUGUAUAUGAGGACGUCACGCCAGAAAUGGUGAGGGAUUUCUUUUGGGAUGAUGAAUUUAGGCUAAAGUGGGAUGACAUGCUCUUACAUGCUGAAACCUUGGAGGAAUGUCCCACUACUGGAACCAUGAUGGUUCAGUGGGUUCGCAAGUUUCCGUUCUUCUGUAGUGAUAGAGAAUACAUCAUUGGCCGUCGAAUUUGGAAGUCAGGACAAGCAUAUUACUGUGUCACCAAGGGCGUUCCUUGCUCAUCCGUGCCACGGCGUAAUAAACCAAGGCGUGUUGAUGUAUAUUAUUCAAGUUGGUGCAUUCGUCCAGUUGAAUCGAAGAUAGAUGGGCGACUGACAGCAUGCGAGGUGCUACUCUUUCAUCACGAAGACAUGGGCAUUCCUUGGGAAAUCGCUAAACUUGGCGUUCGACAAGGCAUGUGGGGAGCUGUGAAGAAGAUAGACCCUGCUCUACGCGCAUACCAGAAGCACAGAGCCUCGGAAGCUCCACUUUCGCGCGCUGCAUCCAUGGCCCAAAUCAACACCCAAUUCAGCGUCGACAAGCUGAGGUCAUUGGAGGGAGAGAAGAGUUUAGCGGAGGUCGAGAACCUGGAUACACCACAGAAGCCUGCAGCAGGGAGGAACGUGCCAAAAUUGCUCCUUGUUGGUGGAGCGAUCGCCCUGGCUUGUAGUCUUGACCGCGGGCUUUUGACUAAAGCCGUUAUAUUUGGCGUUGGGCGAAGGUUCGCGGGGAUUGGGAAGCGGUGCUGAAGCCAUGGUUGCAUGGAUUGAGUUUGUUGUAUGUAAAGUUUAACAGGAGUGGAGGGGGUGUAAUAAUGGUAGGUAGGGGAAUUCCAGUCCAACUUACUCUAGUAAGGCUCAUAUAAUUUUAACUUACUCAAGUUAGACAAGGAGAAUGUAUCCCAUAGGUUGUAUUCACUAAAGAAUUAAUGAAAGAACCAUGGUAGAUUCCUAGUACUCA